UGCAGGUUUAUUGGCGACGAUCCUAGGAAAGCAUGAUAGGAAAUAGCUUCCUGUCCUUUAUGACAUUUGAAACAGCAGGCAUAAAACAUGUGGGUCUGCUUGGCAAUGUCAAGCAAAAUAUUCACUUGGAAUAAACGAAUCACACAUUAGACAUUCUAAAGGGUCGCUGUGUACGUUAUCUAUCGACCAACACUUUCAUCUUCAGCUGUAACGGCCCGAAAGAGUGUUGAGAAUUCGUGUGCUUGUCUUGAACUUAAAUUUGCCUAGAUGCCGGCUGCUUGGAACUAUUGUGCUGUAUUUCGUCUUUGAUAAAUUAUAUGGCGUAGUAAUAAGAACGCCGAUUAUUGUUCUGGAAGGCGAUGAUAAAAGCAUGGGAAAAUAUUCGUAAAGGUGGAGCUAGGCAGAGCUCGCCACAGCACCUGCGUCAACAGAUUGUCUUGGUUUUGCAAUCAGGCAAUGUUCCUAUAUUAAGCUACGCCGCAGUCAUCAAGAUAUUUAUAGCAAUAGACAUGUAAUAUGCAAGUUGUUUUUUCAACAUAAUUCAAAGUUUUAGUGAUGAAAUGCAAACUAUAGUGAUAAAAAGAAUGGAUGAAAAAGAAUUGGAAAAGAAAACUGAAUCAGAUGUUGAUCGUAGUGAUCAAGAGAUAAAUGAUGCGUUGGAUUCAAAUCAAGGAUGUGAUCCUGAAAAACAGGUGUCAAGCAGUUUGCCAAGCACACCUGUGAAAAAUACUGUUCAUGUUCAACCUUUACAAACUACAGUUUUUCCACGGACCUUAUCCGAGCCGUCAAGAUUAAGAAUCUUAACACGUGUCCCUGCUGUUCAUAGCAUGUCCUCAACUCCAUCAGAAGAAUCAAAUGAGGACUUGUCACUAGAAAGUUACAGUGAAACAACCCGAAUUCUCAAACAUCAGACCUCAAGCAAGGAUGCUGAUUCAGAAUCUGGUUCACCCAGCUUACCAUCUUCCAGAGACAGCUCCUUUGAUUACACUGACUCAACUGGAACAGACUUGAAUGAAUUCAUCAUAAAAACGUUAAGGAAUCAAAGGGACAAGAAAAUGCUUUUGAAACUUGAAAAGGAUUUUCUCGGUUUCAUAUCGGAUCCAAGGAAAGUUAUACUUCAGUAUCCACCAAUGACAUCAUACCACAGAAUGAUUGUCCACAGAGUGGCUGCAUAUUUUGGACUGGAUCAUAAUGUGGAUUCCUCAGGGAAAUGCAUCAUCGUCAACAAAUGUCCCAACACUAGAUAUCCCGAGCAUAGAUUUUCGGACCUAGUGCGCGAAGAUUCAGAGGAGGACCCUUUACCAAAGUUAAUAUUAAAAAGACAAAAUUCGCUUAGUGACGAAUCUGGACCACCAGAGAGACACAAUUCUCAUUCCCGACGCUCUAUGGAAGGAAAGAAGUCGAAAUCAAUCGAAGAACGAGAAGAGGAAUAUAAGAAAGCUCGUUCGAGAAUAUUUAAUCACGGAUCAUUAUCAUCACAAUCCUCGGCAUCAUCUAAAGAUGGAGAGUCUCUAUUUCCUGGGUUAACUGAUGGGGACAGUGAAAAUGAGAAAGUGAAAAGUAGCGAGUAUUCCGAAAGUGUUGGUAAUAAGACGGUGGAUAUUCCGCAGCCAGCUGUUAGAGUAUUGACAAACAGGUCAAGAUCGCCGGAUGAUAUUCCGCAACUAACGCUGGACGUUAGCUUGAACACAGACGCUAGUUCGUCCCCAUCUUCAGCACCUCUAACUACGACUGGAACUGACUCGAACUUUGACUCCAGUGUUCUUAGUCAGUCAGUGGAUACCAGUACUAUUGCUUCAGUUGAAGGAGCUCCAUAUUUAGCGAGAAAUAUUCCUGUAGGUGAUGUUUCAGCAACAUCUAUGGUAGGAAUGAUUCCACAACUGUCUCCGAAUCAAACAGGAGGUGUUGUAUGGACUCUACCAGACAACAAGACGGCCUACCCUCCAGGUCAAGCCCCGAUCUUUCCUGGACACGAAGCUAACCGACCAAUGAUGGUUUCUGACGGUUUUCAACCAACUGCAGUGGGAUUGCAACCGAAUGUUGGUCCAACGUUUUUCUUUCCAAAUCAAGGUUCCCCAGCAGGACCCGCAUAUCAAGGUCAACCCGCGCCAAGACAACCGACACCGCCUGUGCAACAACCUCAAGGUGGAUUUUCUUCUCAGGUGUUUCCUCAACAGUUUGUAGGCCAAACGAAUUUUCCUGUCUUUCAAGCUCCGAGAAUGUUUAACCAACAGGAUUUGGAGAUGUUACCUGGACAACAAACAGCUGGAGCGACUGGUACGCAAGGUGUCAUCAAUCCAAACGCAGGAAAUCCAAACUACCAAGAGUUGAACAAUCGGUUCGCCGCAGUUUCAAUCAAUUCUUUGGAACAGCACGAGAAUCCCGGAUUAACGAAGCAACGUCCGUCCACAUUCCCCCCGGGUUCCACGCAAACAUUUCCCACUGGUCAACCAGUGCAGUUUAUGGUUUAUCGCAACAUCUCGGGUACUAUGGCAGUUAUGACCCCAGUAUCUAAUCCUGGUCAAGUUAACCCUGCGUAUAUGUAUCCAUCGUCGACACCCCAAACCUUUACCCCACAAGGGUACAACCCUCAAGUGUAUAACCAGGUGUACCCGCAACAAAAUUUUAAUCAGGGAUUUCCUUUAGGAGAGCAAACUCUAUUGCCGCAAGGAAGCGGUUCUCACACCCCUCCGACGCCUCCUCAGAGUGCAUCUCCACUAAAUACAAAUCAAGCAUUUAUUCAACAUGUGCAAACAAUUCCAGGGGCUCCCACCCGGCCACAAAUGCCUACUCCGGUGAUGAACCCUGGUGUGGCACAUUUGCAAACUCGCCUUAUGAACCCUUACGGAUUACCAGGUCAGCAGGUUGUUCAGAUUCCUGCAGGACAACAAUUGUAUGGUUAUUCACAGGCUCCGUAUGCUGUUGGUCAGAACAGACCAAACUUACCGCAGUCUGCAAGAUAUAAGGCGUAUACAGAGAAGGGAGGUAGUAAAUCCAAUGAUGUAUAUACUCCUGAAUCAAGUAGCUUAAGACAGCCAUCACCCAGUGAUUCCCCGCGAGGUCAUAUCACACCGCCUGGUCAGAGCAGAAGAUCAAGCAGUGGCUCAGGAAAAGGACAUGGCAAAAGCGAAGGUCAAAGAAGUCAUCACCAACAAGGAAAAAGUAAGCAAAAACAUCGAAAGAACCAACACAAACACGGUGGUGAUUCAAGUCGUAAACAGUUUCAUAGCGGAUCAUAUCACAGCGGAUCGUCGAGUCUUGAAAUGGAACACGCCACAGAUCACGGCUCUUGUGUACUGGAAGUGUAUGACGUCAUAGUUAGUUCACGUGAUCAGCAUCAGGUAGUUGAUGACUUACUCCAAGCUGGGGCAAAAAUAAGUUGGAAUCAAAAAACAAAACAGUCAGGAAAGACGCUGACUGCUAAAGCGACAUUUCACUCGUUUGAACAAGCCGAGCAGACAUUACAGACGCACACUAAUCCAAAUUAUAAAUUGCGUCGGUGCCCUCCCGAUAUUCCGUUCUUGGAAAGCCAAAAUUAUUAGGAUUUUAUGUGUUUAUGAUUUUUAAGGUUUUUAGUUAGGGCAUUGACGCGUUAGUUUUAACAAAAUUAUGUUAGAAGUAAUGAAUAAUAUUGAUUCAAUAGAGUAGUAAAAUUUACCCUAGUAACCAAUCAGAUUUUGUUUUAUUCCUACGUUGAGAUACGUUUGCGAACUCAUAGUAAAUUAUAUCCUAUUCUAAAUAUACCGUUUCGAAAUGAGUAACUUGGUUGCGUGAACGAGAGAUCGUAGUGCGUUACGACGAUCACGUGAUUAUAAAAUGACUUGUUUGCCCCAUCGGGGAAUCAGAUUUGUCAUAUGAAACCAUAUUUUGGACCAAUGAUUUUGCGACAGAAAGAAAUCUGUGAAAAUUUUCCGAUAACCCUCCGGGUAGUCGAAAUAAUUAGCGUUGAAAUUGAAAACCGAGUCGUGCAUUUGCUUCCACCUAAAAAUUCUACCUAAAUUCUUCUACCUAAAAUCAUUCCAACGCGAUUUCAAGGAUGCACAGGAGUAGAUACCUUGUCGAUAACCCUGUCGAUAAUAUUUAAAGUUAAAUAUUUUAUCGUAGAACACAAUCUCCAUCGGUGAAUAAGAGAAGUAUGUUGCUUUCGAAUAAAAAAUGUCAAGAAUGUAUGUUAGUUUUUUUUAAAUGACAUAAUUUUCCCC